AUACUUCUAUAGUCAAAGUAGUAUAUGCUGUAACUGUACUAUUGUGCUAUUGAUAAUAUGUUGACAGACUACACAUUAUGACAUGACAGUGCAAGUUGACAGCUAUACAUUUAGCGUUUUUCCGGUCGGUGAAUUUCAGAGUUGAUUCAUCAAUAUAUAUAUAUAAUAUAUACUGCAUAAAAAAAUAAUACAUAAAAAAUAAUUAAAGAAAUAAUAAUUUGAUACAAUGACGCGAUAUAAACACACGCAUUAUAAAAACAAAAUUGACCACGCAUACCAGUUUAUUGAAUGACUCGAUAAAAUUUGAAUUGACGACGAUUAAUAUCUAAUAUAUGCGAUAAUAAUGUACUCAAUCCGACGAUAAUGGCGCAUAGUAAUUAAUUUCGCCGGAAAUGAUUUUAGAAUAUAAAUAAAAAUGCUAAAUAUGCUGAAUGUGUAUAUACAAGGUCAUAAAAUCGUCAGUCUGUUAGCAACAGUGAAUAUGUGGACGGUUUCUGCAAAGAUAUUACACUCUCAAUCAUUUUAUUAAUUAAUCUUUGUCUUAGAUAUUUCUUUUCUUAUAUGUAAAUCUAAAUAUGUUUUCCUUUGUAUACAAUGUAUGGCCAAUAAUAGAAGAGACUAUAGGUAAAAACAUUGUAUUUAUUUGAAUAUAUCGACGUGGAUUUUACGUUGUGGCUGUCAUGGCUUUUAAUGCCACUUCUCAUAACAUUUCUGCUCCCGCUUGUGAUUGUGCUACUGUUGUAUUCGACUUCCAUAAUAUUAUAUAUCUACAAGUUACACAGAGUUAGACUAAGAAAUGCUUAUGGCACUGCGUGGCAAAAUGCAGCACGUUAUAUGGUCGCAGCUCUCUGGGAUGCACAUGGUUGGAUCUGGCAUGGAUAUGAAAUUGUGGGUUUAGAAAAUAUCCCACAGGAUAAACCAAUAUUGUUUAUAUAUUACCAUGGAGCUAUCCCAAUUGAUUUGUAUUAUUUCACAUCCAAAGUAUUUUUAUUUAAUUCAAAACUAGUCCAUACAGUAGCAGAUCGAUUUCUCUUUAAAUUUCCUGGAUGGUCUAUCAUUUCUGAUGUUCUGAAAGUGAUACCUGGUACAGUUCAAACAUGUUCUGCUAUUUUAAAGGAGGGUAACAUGCUCUCUAUCUCUCCGGGUGGAGUAUAUGAAGCUCAGUUUGGGGAUUCUUAUUAUGAACUUAUGUGGAAAAAAAGAAUGGGUUUUGCAAAGGUUGCCUUGGAUGCAAAAGUGAGUAUAAUUCCUUUGUUUACGAGAAAUAUCAGAGAAGCAUUUAGAACAGUGAGUUGGGGAAGAAGAAUGUGGCUGAGGAUAUAUACUUGGACAAAAUUUCCUUUUGCACCAGUCUAUGGUGGCUUUCCAGUAAAAUUGGUAACAUAUGUGGGUAAGCCUAUUCCAUACGACGGAAAUCUUACACCUGAAGAGUUGCAGCUAAAGGUUGCUAAUGCUCUUAGAAAUCUAAUAAAAGAACAUCAAAUAAUACCUGGUAACAUAACACGGGCUUUAAUUGAAAGAAUACGUAAUAUAAAAAGAUAGAAGGAUUAACAAUAGAUAAAUAAUCUCUCUUCCUUCAUGUACUUAACAAUUAAUGAGGUACAAUUCUCAGUAUUUCUUAGAAAUUAUUUUAAUUUAAUUGAUUAGUUUUUUUUUAGCUGUUGAUAGUAAAAGAUAAAUGUAGUAAAUUUAAAAAAUGGAGGAUUUAUAUUUAGUUUUUAUAUUUUAUAUUUAGUUUUAUAUUUGUACUUGAAUACAUAGUUGGUUAUUAUAAUUUAUAAUAAUAUAGUUAUAAUUUUUAUAUAUGUACGCAUGCGCGCGAGGAAACAGGAAUGUCUUAAUACAAAUUUAUGCACAUAUUGGUGCAUUUUCAUAUAUGUUUCAGGAUAUGCCCAAAUUCAUCGUGUAUUAAGAUAUUUCUGUUUCUGUAUGUAUAAUUUAAUAUGCAUACAAAUAGCAUACAAUGUAAAAUAAUUCCCUGUGUAUUGUGUUAAGUAUGAAAGCAAAUGUGAUUAUUUAACAUUUAUGCAUAUAUUCCUAUCUUUUGUUACCUUAUACACAUUAUGAUCUACUUAUCUUAUUAAAAAAAAUUAUUAUUUUUAUAUGAGAAGAUUCUAUAUAAUAUAAAUAAUAAUAAACCUACUUAU